UGGCAGCCCUGCGCACGCCGCCCAUCCCGCUCGCUGAAACCCGGCACCACCGUCAUGUCGACCGCCAUGAACUUCGGGGCCAAGAGCUUCCAGCCGCGGCCACCGGACAAGGGAAGCUUCCCUCUGGAUCACUUUGGUGAAUGUAAAAGCUUUAAAGAGAAAUUCAUGAAGUGUCUCCGUGACAAUCAUUUUGAAAAUGCUUUGUGCAGAAAUGAAUCAAAAGAAUAUUUAGAGUGCAGGAUGGAAAGGCAGCUGAUGGCACAGGAACCAUUGGAAAAACUGGGAUUUGGUGACUUGAUAGAUGGAAAAUCAGAGGCAAAAAAUAAAUCUUAAUGAGAAGAUGACCGGUGGGCUKCGUCCAAGAGGCGCUCUGAGGUGAGCACAGGCCCUUCUGCUCGCGGCCCUCACCUGCCCGAGUGGUCCUCAGCAGCAGGCCUUCAGGAUGCUUUGCAGCGUACCACCUUCAGCCAGGUGGAGGUGCCUUGCUUGUGGGGAUGACUUGUGGAGGACUCACCUAUCUCCUGGAGCACCCCAAAUCAUGUUCAAAAAUUUCUGUUUCUUUUAGAGCCUCAUUUACCUUUUAUAAGAUGCUUUUAUCUUUAAAUCUUGUGCAUCACAGGGUCCCAGGAGGCUCCUGGUAGAGACGACCUGCGGAAUGCCACCCUCACRCUGCAGUGCUCUGGGUAGCGCUCCUUACUGAUGCGCCAAGUGUGCAGAUUCCAGUCCCUGACACACACAUUCUGUCCGGAAAUGACUUCCUUGGCAAGGCAUUGCCCUGUUUUGUGCUCCUGCACAGGCAUGCCAGUGCAUCUCCUUUUUUUUCCCCCAAUAAAACUAGAAUAUAAAAUAGGAAGUGAGAAAUAAUUUGGCUUUUUGACAUAUUUGGCUUCUUGAUUUUUUUGUUUAUGCCUUGCACCAAGUAUCUUCAUAACCAAAGUUCUGUUUUCUAGUUAGUAUUAGGGUAUAUUACAAACUAGACAUUUAAUUUCAGUAACUUAUUGUACUGCUGAAGGAUAAAAUAUCAAUCCAUUUGURGUGAGACUAUAAAUAAUAAAAUAUCUCAUUUCA